AUGGAAGAGCUUCCUGAAGUGAAUUCUUCUGAUGAAGAUUAUUAUAAAGAAGAUGAAAAUGUGGAUAAUAAUAUUUCCAUAAGUGAUGAAGGAAACAAUGCUGAAAGUAUUCCUUUUAUACAACAUGAAGAAGAAAUACAUAUGGAUACUACUCCUGCUAAUGAGAAAACUGGCAAUUAUUACAAAGAUAUAAAACAAUAUGUGUUCACCACAAAAAAUCCAAAUGGUACAGAAUCUGAAAUAAAUGUCACAGCAACAACGGGUCUGAGAUUUGCUGUAAAGCACCAAACAACUCCAAAUAUUCCAGAUUUUUGGACAAUGUUAGCUAGAGCUAUAAAUGGAACAACAGUGAGCAUGGAUGAUAGAGAUCAAUUAUUUCAACCAAUUCCAGAAUCUGAUGUCAACACUACAAAAAUAAGCAAAUCAGAUGAUCUAGAGGAUAUCAAGAUCAAAUUAAUGCUGGGUAUCUCAUUGAUGACCCUUUUCCUAUUUGUCGCUCUCUUGGCAUUCUGUAGUGCCACACUGUACAAACUGAAGCAGCUAAGUUAUAAAACUUAUGACAGUCAAUACUCCAUCAACCCAGAGCUGGCAACCCAAUCUUACUUUCAUCCGUCAGAAGGUGUAUCAGAUACAUCUUUUUCUAAGAGUGCAGAAGACAGCAGCACAUAUUUGUAUGCCACUUCUCCAGAGCUGAAACCAUCAAGAACAAGGAUAUCAAAAUCUAAAACCAUAACAGAUGUGGUUUCCACAUGCUCAAAUGAUGCAGGCUUAAUUGAGGCAUCAUGUUUACUAAUUAACCGUGAAGAGUUGUGUGAGGACAGCCAUGAAGAGAAAUAG